AAUCUUCCAUGCAGUAAGCAGUUCAAGAAGGAGAACGUGAUUCUUGUUGGGUUAAUGCCAGGGCCUAAAGAAGCGAGCACUUCUGACAUAAAUAACUAUCUGAAACCGCUUGUGGAUGAGUUGAUGGAGCUGUACAAAGGUAUUAAGAUUAAGACUCACCAAUGUCCAAAUGGUACUUCUAUCCGAGCAGCUCUUCUCAUGGUUGCCUGUGAUAUACCUGCUGCAAGGAAAUUAUGUGGGUUCACAUCCCAUACAAGUACAAAUGCAUGCCACAAGUGUAAGCAUCAAUUCUCGAGGUUGGCUGGAACGAGUUCUAUUGAUUAUUCUGUAUUUGAUUUCUCAAAGUGGUUCCUUCAUACUAAGAAUGACAAUUGUAAGGAUGCAGAGAUCUGGAGAAAUGCAACCAAACCAACUGAGAGACAGCGUCUUGAAGUUGCACAUGGUGUUCGCUGGUCUGAACUGCAUUGUCUUCAGUACUUUGACAUUGUCUGCUGCACGAUCAUUGAUCCCAUGCACAAUCUUUUCUUAGGCACUGCCAAA